AUGUCGCAACAACUUGUGACUGUCCUUGCGACUUCUAUCGCCAUUGUCGAUCAAUUCCAGGAUGCUAUUUCCCCAUCCACUCUUGCGCAGUCCACCCAGACACCAACCAAAGACGCAAAGCCCCUGCCCCUCCUUUCAGCCUCAUCAAGCGCUCUGAAAGCCCAAGUCACCAAAUUGUCACUACUAUCCAUCACCACCCCCUUCACGCACUCUGCAGUGACCAAGAUACUCCGCGACUGCAACGACUCCGUCCUACCCUCGUUGUUGACCGCAAUUCUCCUCGUUAACCCCGCCGAACACACGAAAACAUUCCACUCCGAGACCCUGGCCUUGGUCAGAAUCCUAUUCACCGAGCUCGCCACACUUCUGAAAAUAGUCAAGGCUAUAUCCGAGAAGAAGGAUCAAGCGAAGAAAGAGGACCCAAAGAGUAAAGAGGAGGAGAUCGUCAAGGCUGAGAAGGAUGCUAUUACCCUCGCGACUGGUCGCGUCUGGGACGCAUGCGACUCGGUAGUCCAAGUCGCAACCAAUGGUGUCGUUGGUUUCAUCACCCGUCGCGUCGAGCAAUGGAGGGAUCUUGUCCGUGACGCCGUGGAGGAACUUGAGAACUGGGAUCCAGCAGAAGACGACGAUUUCUUCGACGAUAUUCUUGGCGAUGAGAAGGAUGAAGAAGAAGAUGCUGGAUCCAAAGAUUCCGACGACGAAGAGAAUAUCGCCGCUAUGCAAGAACAGAAGAAGUCUACACUCCGCUUCCUGAAGCCUAUCGCCCAGGUCUACUCUGCCAUCAUCACAUAUCGCCUGAAGAAAGCAAACGACGCGCCAUUAGCUUCCGCUGGAAACGUUGCGCGAUUGGAGAAGUUGAUCGUCAGUCUGCAGAGUAUUCCUGACCAGGUGGAUGAAGUUGCUGGGGCCUUGUAUGAAGAGGAUGCGCCCCGGUCUGUUGAAUUCUUGCAGAAAAUACACGAAUUUGCUUCACAGGCUGUUGAGUCAGUAGCGGCGCCCUGGAGUGACGAAGCAGAAGACAAGUUCACCGUCUGGUCGCGGACCUGGUCCAAGGUCAUGGAAGAAGUCAGCAAGUCUAUCAGGCCUGAUGCUGUAGCCGAGGCAUAG